AUGAAUAAGUUAAUAAAUAAUUCUAUAACGAGAAAUCUUAUUAGAAGAAGUUAUUGUCAAAUAAAUACUACUACACCUGCUUUACCAAAGGAAUGGAUUGAUUUAGCAAAGAAAGAGAUUAAACAUGAUGACCCAGCAAAGAAGUUGACUUUUUCAUCACCAGAGGGUAUUCAAAUCAAACCACUCUACAUGAAAGAGGAUGUAAAGAACGUUCAAGAUGAAAUUCCAGGUAAAUUCCCGUUCACUCGUGGUCCCUAUGCAACGAUGUAUUCGAAUCGUCCAUGGACUAUUCGUCAGUACGCAGGUUUCAGUACUGCCGAAGAAUCAAAUAAAUUCUACAAAAAGAACAUGGCUGCCGGUCAGAAAGGUCUGUCGGUUGCAUUCGAUUUGGCAACACAUCGUGGUUACGAUUCCGAUCAUCCGAGAGUGGUCGGUGACGUCGGUAUGGCCGGUGUCGCUAUCGAUUCCGUCGAAGACAUGAAGAUCCUAUUCGAUAGUAUCCCGCUGAAGGACGUCUCCGUCUCGAUGACUAUGAACGGUGCUGUGUUGCCAGUGUUGGCAAUGUAUGUGGUCGCCGGUGAGGAGCAAGGCGCCAAACAAGCACAACUCAGCGGUACCAUUCAAAACGAUAUUCUCAAGGAGUUCAUGGUGAGAAAUACAUUCAUCUAUCCACCAGAGCCAUCGAUGCGUAUCAUCAGUGACAUUAUGGCGUACACAUCAAGAAACAUGCCAAAGUACAACUCGAUUUCAAUCUCUGGUUAUCACAUGCAGGAAGCCGGUGCCGACAUUGCGCUCGAGCUUGGAUUCACAAUUGCCGACGGUCUCGAGUAUGCCAGAUGCGGUAUGCAAGCCGGUGUCACCGUCGAUGAGAUUGCACCACGUUUCUCUUUCUUCUUUGGUAUCGGAAUGAAUUUCUACAUGGAGAUUGCCAAGUUGAGAGCUGCACGUAGACUUUGGGCACACUGGGUAAAGAAGAUCUUCAAUCCAAAGGAUGAGAAAUCGUUGAUGCUCAGAACACAUUGUCAGACAUCGGGAUGGUCACUCACCGAGCAAGAUCCAUACAACAACGUCAUUAGAACCACUGUCGAAGCGAUGGCUGCCGUUCUCGGUGGAACUCAGAGUUUGCACACCAACGCUCUCGACGAAGCCAUCGGUUUGCCAACUGAAUUCAGUGCAAGAGUAGCCAGAAACACCCAGUUGAUUCUCCAAGAGGAGACUGGUAUCCCAAGAAUCAUUGACCCAUGGGGAGGUUCCUACGCAAUGGAAGCACUCACCAACGAACUUGAGGCACGUGCUCAAUCGAUUAUCGAGGAGGUUGAAUCUAUGGGUGGUAUGUCAAAGGCUGUCGCCGAAGGUAUGCCAAAGCGUAGAAUCGAAGAGUCUGCCGCCGGAAGACAAGCUAGAAUCGAUUCCGGUUCGGAAACUAUCGUUGGUGUAAACAAGUAUCGUUUGAAGAAUGAAGAUCCAAUCGAUAUCUUGGCAAUCGACAACAAGAUCGUAAGAAAAUCGCAGAUCGAUCGUUUGGAGAAGAUCAAGGCAACCAGAGACAACGAUGCCUGCCAAAAGAUUCUCGCCGAGAUGACCGAGGCUGCCAGAAACAAGACUGGCAAUCUUUUGGAGCUUGCUAUCAAGGCCGCUCGUUUGAGAUGUACUGUUGGUGAGAUUUCCUAUGCAUUGGAGACUGUCUACGGACGUUACAAGCCAACCCACUCCCUUGCAAGCGGUGCCUACAAGACCAACUAUGGAAAGACCAACGAGAUCGACAAUGUUGUGUCAGAGGUCAAGCGUUUCACCGAAAAGUAUGGUCGUCCACCACGUAUUUUGGUUGCCAAAAUGGGUCAAGACGGUCACGAUCGUGGUGCCAAGGUUAUUGCUUCUGGAUUCUCUGAUUUAGGUUUCGAUUGUGAUGUCGGUCCCUUAUUCUCCACUGCCAACGAAGUCGCUCGUCAAGCAAUCGAUGCUGACGUUCACGUCGUUGGUAUUAGUUCACAAGCAGCUGGUCACAAGACUUUGGUUCCAGAAUUGAUUGAAGAGCUCAAGAAGCUUGGUGCUGGUCAUAUUGCCGUUGUUUGUGGUGGUGUCAUUCCAGCUCAAGAUUACGAUUUCCUCUAUAAGGCUGGUGUUGCCGAUAUCUUUGGUCCUGGAACUAAAGUUACUGAUGCUGCAAUCAACGUUAUCAAGGCUGUCGAAGAGAAUCUUGAAAAACAAAAAUAA